AUGCCUACAAAAACGCUGUUCAGUGUUUGGUCACUAUUCGAUAUUUGCCUUUUGGUAGCUGGCUCUGUUACAAUCUCCGUCAGUGUAUCUUGGGCAUCUCCAGAUUUGCUGAGAGAUUUGGUACUUAAUGAAUCGGAAAGGAAAGCUGGUCUAUCUUUAGGUAUAUACAUCAUAAUAGUAGUGGCCUACUCGGUGUUCGCUAUUCUACGUAGAAGAGCUAUCUACUUAAAGAUAUUCAAUCUACUCUUGAUUACUCUCACACUCUUUGCUAUCAUCGUCGCUUCUUCUCUUUGGAUUUUAUCACUUAAGCAACACAAGUUCAUGCGCAGUGUAUGGACUGACCUAUCGACUGAAACCCAAGUAAAUAUACAGAAUGAACUCCAUUGUUGCGGGUUUCAGAAUACAACAACCAGCGGAUUAUUCGAUUCGAACGCUAAUACAGGCUUCUGCGCCGAUCUCGACAGUAAAGAUGGUUGUAUGAGGCCAUUAAUAAGUUACUCAAAUGAUUAUCUCAAUCAGACUUUCUCUACAAUCUAUGGCUUCGUCGUCAUACUCAUUUGCUUGUUCUUAGCCACAGUAUGUAUUAUAAAUGAACGGGCAAAGGAGGACAGGUUCAGGCGCAUCGACGCAAAGCGUAACGUCAACAAAUUCGCUGAUUAG